GGAGGGUUUUGUCUUCUCUUGUUUUUAAGUAAAAACAAAAGAUUGUCAUCAUGGGGCGGAGAUCUACAUCAUCCACCAAGAGUGGAAAAUUUAUGAGUCCCACAGACCAGGCUCGAAAGGAAGCCCGGAAGAGAGAAUUGAAAAAGAACAAAAAAAAACAAUGCAUGAUGGUACGAGCUGCAGUUUUGAAGAUGAAGGAUCCCAAAGAGAUUAUCCGGGACAUGGAGAAAUUAGAUGAAAUGGAGUUUAAUCCAGUGCAACAGCCGCAGUUAAAUGAGAAGGUGUUGGAAGACAAGCGUAAAAAGCUCCGUGAAACCUUUGAAUGUAUUCUACGGCUCUAUGAAAAGGAGAAUCCGGAUAUUUACAAAGAAUUGAGAAAGCUGGAAGUAGAAUAUGAACAGAAGAGGGCCCAACUUAGCCAAUAUUUUGAUGCUGUUAAGAAUGCUCAACAUGUGGAAGCUGGGAGUAUUUCUUUGCCAGAUAUGCCCCAUGCUCCUUCCAACAUCUUGAUCCAGGACAUUCCAUUUCCUUGUGCUCAGCCACCCUCCGUCCUUAUGAAGACUUCAGCCUAUGGACCUCCAACCCGGGCAGUUUAAAUACUUCCUCUUCUUGGACAUGGUUUUCCAAGAUUGCCCCCUGGCAGAAAAUCUCCUGGUCCUCCUCCAGGACCCCCUCCUCAAGUCUUGCAGAUGUAUGGCCGUAAAGUGGGCUUUGCUCUAGAUCUAACCUCUAGGAGGCGUGAUGAAGAUAUGUCAUAUAGUCCCGACCCUGCUCAGAGAGGUCAUGAUGUUUCUAGCACCAGUGAAGAUGAUGGCUAUCCUGAGGAUAUGGACCAAGAUAAGCAUGAUGACGGCACUGAUGACAGUGAUACUGACAGAUCGGAUGGAGAAAGUGAGGGGGGUGAAUUUGUGCAUCGGGAUGGUAAUGAGAGAGACAACAAUGAGGAAAAAAAGUCAGGGCUGAGUGUACGAUUUGCAGAUAUGCCUGGAAAAUCAAGGAAGAAAAAGAAGAACAUGAAGGAGCUGACCCCUCUUCAAGCUAUGAUGCUUUGGAUGGCAAGUCAGGACAUUCCUGAGGAGGGACGAGAACUAGAGGAAUUUUCAGAAGAUGACGAUGAAGAUGGUUCUGAAGCAGAUAAACAAUCACAAAAACAACAUAAAGAGGAAUCUCUUUCUGAUGGCACAGCUACCGGUUCUUCACAACAGCAGGCGCCUCCCCAGUCUGCUCCUCCUUCUCAGAUGCAAGCACCUCCAAUGCCAGGACCACCACCUCUAGGACCACCGCCUGCUCCACCUUUAAGGCCACCGGGACCACCUACAGGCCUUCCUCCUGGACCACCACCAGGGGCUCCUCCAUUCCUGAGACCACCUGGAAUGCCAGGACUUCGAGGGCCUUUACGACUUUUACCUCCAGGACCACCCCCUGGGCGCCCUCAGGGCCCCCCGCCAGGCCCUCCUCCAGGUCUGCCUCCUGGCCCCCCUCCUCGAGGUCCUCCACCAAGGCUGCCUCCCCCUGCACCUCCAGGUAUCCCUCCAACUGGUCCUGGCAUGAUGCGCCCACCUUUGGUGCCUCCACUUGGACCUGCCCCACCUGCUUUCCCACCGGCUCCUUUACCAAGCCCUGGGGUUUUGAGUGCCCCACCCAACUUGAUUCAGCGGCCCAAGGCGGAUGAUCCAAGUGCAGCCACCAUUGAGAAGAAAGCGACCGCAACCCUCAGUGCCAAGCCACAGAUCACCAAUCCCAAAGCGGAGAUCACUCGAUUUGUGCCCACUGCGCUGAGAGUCCGUCGGGAGAGCAAAGGGGCUCCUGCCGCUCCCCAAAGGAAGUCAGAGGAUGAUUCUGCUGCACCUCUUGCCAAAGCAGCCCCCAAAUCCGGUCCUUCUGUUCCCGUUUCCGUACAAACUAAGGAUGAUGUACAUGAAGCUUUCAUGAACGAGAUGGAAGAGCUACUGUGA